AAAUUCAAGAUAGUACUAGAGAGGACGCAGACAGAGCACAGCAUCAAUUGCUUACACGUCAUAGCGUAUAUUCAUGCGCUUACUCUGUACGUGUCGAAACCUCAAUUCUAUUGCCGCCAUGGCAAUUAAAGAACCAGCUCCUUAAAAACCCAGAGUAUUGCAGCAAUCUAGCCGGCAACUAUUCGGAUCGAUCACCGGAAGGCGGAAGAUGCAGUUGCAAGAGGAGAACAGCGGCGGCGGGCAGAACACAAAUAGUCAAGAGGAGAAUCGAACCCGUGACGGAGAAGAAGAAAGAUGUGAUGAAGAAGAAGAUGGCGGCGAUCAGAUUCCAUCCAUGGCGCUGAACCACGUGACGAGGCUGUGCAGGUGCGUGAAGGAGUCGGUGAAAUUCUACACGAAGGUGCUGGGGCUGGUGGAGAUGGAGCGGCCGCCGGCGUUCGACUUCGACGGCGCGUGGCUCUUCAACUACGGCGUCGGGGUUCAUUUGGUGCAAGCCAAGGAUAACAAAGAUGGGCUUCCCAAUCAUCGGACAGAUCAAAAUCAGCUUGAUCCCAUGGAUAACCACAUCUCUUUCCAAUGUGACGACAUGGAGGCGGUGGAGAGGCGGUUGAAGGAGCAUAAAGUAGAAUACAAGAAGAGAACGGUGGGGGAAGGAGGAGCCGCCUCCAUCGACCAGUUGUUCUUCAAGGACCCGGACGGAUUCAUGAUUGAGAUCUGUAACUGUGAGAAUAUCACUCUCGUUCCCCAAACAUCUCCGGACAAGAUCAAGCUCCCCUCCAAUCGUCACAAUCCACCUCUCUCCAAAAAAUGAUUUUUAGUUCUCAUCCUUGGUUAGGUGUUUCUUGUUUGCAUCCUUUUUAUAUUAAGAUGUAAAUUUACGUUAUUUACGUAUUAGCACGAUGACAAAUCAACGCUUUUUUGCCGGCUUUUUUUAAUAUAGAGCAAACAUGCAAGAUAAUAUUUAAACUACAAAAAAACACGUCUGUAGUCACGGACGUUAGUCACGAAUUUUGUCCGUGACUAAGUCCGUGACUAAAAAACCAUCACACCACUUCAUUCUCA